CAGUUCGACCAUAUUGUCUUAUCGAUUGCAUAUCGAAUAUGCACUCAGCCCUGGUCCACAUACAGCCACGCGUCGUGGUGUCGUCACAUCGUCUGGGAAUUUGAGAAUCUUUAAGCCCGGCACAACCAAAACAGGAUGCUCCCUCAAUUGCAUAACAGCAUUUUUGCAUAAGUGUGCGUGAGUGUCGACAAGCCAGGGAGGAAUCACACAAAUACAUACUAAUCGGCGGAUCGCUUCACAACCUCGACUGGCUCUACAAAUCAUAACAUUAAACAAAACCGAUAAAAGCUGCAUUGAUAUUGAAUUUUUGCGGUGUCAAAUGCAAAAGAAAACGUAAUUCAUUUAGUUUUGACGGAGCCGCAAAAUUGUUUGGUUGCAACCACUUAUAUCGAUAGUUAACAGUAUUUGUUUCAAAACAACUUUACAUAACCACAAUCUCUGUUAUAGCUGUGUUAUCGAUUGUUAGAGACCGUGUUGCGGAGCCAUUUACCAGCUGCUGUUAAAUUCAACUUUGAGCGUUCUCAAUGUUUAUAUCUGCCAAGUUAAAAAAGCCGGCUAAAUCAUCAUAUUGAACGCAUCAUUUACACACAUUCUAUUGUGCAAAAGAAAAUUCAAUAUUUUGAGCGGAUUACCGGACAAUCGGAGGAAAGCAAUCGUACGCCAUCACUGUGGAAUUAAUUAAUGCUUGCUGUUAAUAACAGUUCAGCGGGCUGUUAAGUUAGAUGCCAAAACAAUAACAGAAAACUAACAGUGACCACAUUACAUAAACUCGCAGUGUAGUCAGUCAGUCGAGUGCGUCGAGUGAUAUGGCCGUGUUUCUGAUCAACAUCUGCAAAUUUAAUGGCUGUUUUAAAACAUUUCCAAGUCUAAGCGACUUAAUAUCACACAUUGAGGACACACAUAUAGACUAUGAUCCUAAGGUGGUCGAGCAAAAGGAGCUGGCACAGCCCGCAUCGCUGCCGUUGAGCUACGUGCUGCGCUUCAUCUCCGAUGAUGCGCGCAAGGAGGCUUCCACAUUCUUGUCUAACACCACCAACAACAGCAGCGCUAGCAACAACAACAACAGCAACAAUGCUACCAACACUGGCAGCGGCGGCAACACUGGCAAUGCAGAGCUCAAACGCAAACUGGCCAUUAAGCAUCAUAGCUAUAGCAUGUCAUCGUCCAAUCGCAGCAAUACGCCCACUGGCAGUGAAAUGGACGAGGAUGAAAUGGUCGUUACGGAAUCAGAGGAUAGCAAUGACUCUUGGACCACAGAGGAGUUUAGUUCGGAGUUCAUAAUGCGUUAUGGCAGCAGGCAUUCCGGUGGCGGCAGUAAUGGCACGCCAGGCAAUGAGAAACCGUUUGCGUGUCCCGUGCCCGGUUGUAAGAAGCGCUACAAGAACGUGAAUGGCAUCAAAUACCAUUCGAAAAACGGACACAAAAAGGAUGGCAGAGUGCGCAAGGGCUACAAGUGCCACUGUGGCAAGAGCUAUAAAACGGCGCAGGGCCUGAAAAACCAUGCGCUGCUCACACACAACACACAGCCGGAGAGCGUGCUCACCACCCAGCAGCUUGCCAAUUUGACUGCAGCAUCGGCGGCCGCUGACACAGAGCCAGUGACCCGCUGCAAGCCUGCGGUCAAUAAUGGUCUGGUCGGAGGCAACGGCGUGCUGACAAGCAAUGGCAAUGGCAACGGUUUGAUCCAGCGCAGCAAUUCACCUUCGCAGUCACUCGGCUCGCUGAGUCCGUCGAGUAGCAACAUGUCGAGCAGCACCAGCACUAGUGGCCUUGGUGCUGGCAGCUUGGGCAGCAAUAGUUUGUCCAGCACAGCGGCCACUGCCAGCAACAUGUUGCAACAGCUCAGCAAUGGCAACAUUGUCACUGUGACGAAUGUACCACAGCAGCAGCAGCAGCAGCAAACGCUGCCUCAACAGCAGCAACUACAGCAGCAGCAGCAGCAACAAAUGAACAUCGGCACACAGUCGCAAAACGCAAACGCGCCGACCGCAGCGACAGCAACAACAAACACAACAGAAACCUCUUACUCCUGCUCACACAUCAUCAACAGCAGCAAUAGCAACAACAGCAGCGACAGCAGCAGCAAACAAACUGCAACUGCAGCAGCGACCGCGGUGACUGCUGCCAAAUACUCCAGGCCCACUGCAACAGCGGCGACAACUGCCAUCAAAUCGUCAGCGACUGCAACAGCGACGACGCCCAUGCAAAUCUCGCCAACUUUUAUUGAGCACAAAUAUUCCGCCCUGGCCAUCAAAGAGAAAUUCUUUUCGAAUUUACGCGCUACCCGCAACGCAUCAGCAUCGUCCAAUAAUGGCGACAAUCUGGCAGCGGCAUCCGGCGGCGUUGUUGCAGAUGCAACGCACACUGGCAGCGUCGGCGGCGGAGGCGGUGGCAGCGGCACCAACGCGGGCAGCAACAUGUUGCGCGCUGUUGCUGUGGGCCAAAUGUGCGCGCUGCAGAACGAGCACAUACAUCAAAAUCUUUUCAAGAAAACGAUCAAUUGACAGAGAUUAGAUCGUCGGACGCUCAGUGCCGCAUAGAGAGUUGGCUGUGAUGAGAAGUAUGUUCAUGUAUGUAUGGAGAGCACUUAAAAAAUGCGGAGCAAGAGGAUUUGUCAAUAUGGCAGAUGAGAGGAAUAGACAGAAAAAGAAGACAAGGGCGCAAGAUUGUUGCAGUUUCAUAUUUUAUAGAAAACAAACAAGCAAACAAAACACACAAAACAAAAUAUAAAAAAAGAAAGAAAAAAAAAAACAGAAGAAUAACACACACACAUAAAAAAAGAAAAAAAAAACAAUAACUACAGUAUGUAUACAUGAAUGUAAAAUUCACAUUUCAAUAACUAUCCAAAAGGCAUAUCCCUCAAAAUUAAACAAAAACAGAAAUCAAUUAACAUAAAUUAUAUGAUUGGCAUCAUGCACAACUCCCAACAUGAAAAUCCUGCUUAUCUGAACACAAUGCAUUAGAAAAAUAUUCGAAAACAAAAGAAAAGAAAAUACACUAUCAUGAAAAUCAUUAAAAAAAAAAUAUAACCGUAAAAUUUAGUAAAUAAAUUUUUGAAGGUGUUUCUUCAACUAGUCAUUAUCGUAGUUAAAUUAAAUUUUUUGAUUUAUCACACACACAAAAUUUGCUACCAGCUACUUUGGACAUGUUUCCUUGCAGCUGGUAUAACUUUAUUAGAAAUUCAUCAAUCGGCACAAAAAAAAACAUAAACAAUCAUAAAACGAACCAUGUUCUUCACACUAGCAAAAUUUUUCGGUAGACACGAAAUUUAUCUCUUACUAAGAGAUAAGUGUCGAAAGUAAUUGAUAUGGUAUGCAAGAAAAAAUUAUAAAAUCGAAUAUGCAAGCAAAUGUAUUAGCUAGCUGCAAAUGAAAAAAAAAAUAUAA